AUGGUGACGCCCGGCCAGAUCGACCUCGUCCUUGAGCGGCGCAAGGGCUUCGUGCGCGAGGCGAUCAUGGCGGGCGCCUCGCUCGUCCCCGUGCUCGCCUUUGGCGAGAACGACUUGUACGCCGUCUUCCACACCGACGACACGCACCCGAUCGCGCGGCUGCAGAGGGUGGUGCGGCGGCACUUUGGCGUCGCCCUGCCGCUCUUCCGAGGCCGGUCCAUGUUCAUCACCGAGUUCGGCCUCAUGCCCAACCGCAAGCCCAUCGCCAUUGUGGUCGGCGGGCCGCUCGCGCCGCCACCGCUCGACGACGCGCGCCGGGCUGCCUUCCGCCCAAAGUGGGGCCCCGACGACGCCCCUUCCAACGACGACGCGCGGAUGGUGGACGCGAUGCACACGGAGUACGUCGACGCCCUGUCCGCGCUCUACGAGGCGCACAAGGAGCAGCCGUGGAACCUCGCCGGCAUCAACCGGCAGGGCACCUUCAGGGUACUCAAGUGA